GCGCGCGCUCGACGAGUUCCGCAGCAAGUAUGAAAACGAAUGUGAAUGUCAACUGCUCCUAAAAGAAAUGCUGGAACGGCUUAACAAGGAAGCCGAUGAAGCCUUACUGCAUAACCUACGCCUUCAGAUCGAAGCCCAGUUUCUACAGGACGACAUCAGUGCAGCAAAGGACAGGUACAAGAAGAAUCUUCUGGAAAUUCAGACCUAUGUCACCAUCCUGCAGCAGAUUGUCCAGACCACCCCUCAAGCAUCUGCCAUUACAAGUGGGAUGAGAGAGGAGAAGCUCCUGACAGAACGGGAGGCCGCUGCCCUGCAGAGUCAGCUGGAGGAGGGCCGGGAGGUGGUGUCCCUCCUGCAGGCCCAGAGGACGGAGCUACAGGCCCAGACCUCGGCCCUGGAACAAGCUAUUAAAGAUGCCCAUGAGUGUUACGAUGACGAGAUUCAGCUCUAUAAUGAACAGAUCGAAACCCUGCGGAAGGAGAUUGAGGAGGCCGAGAGGAGCCUGGAGAGGUCUUCCUAUGACUGCCGGCAGCUGGUGGUCGCCCAGCAGACACUGAAGAACGAGCUGGAGCGGUACCAUCGGAUCCUUGAGAAUGAAGGCAACAGGCUGAACUCUGCCUUCAUUGAAACUCCUGUCACCCUGUUCACCCCAAGCCACGGAACCUCUCUCAGUUCUCAGCUUGGUGGGAAAGAUCUCACUAGGGCUGUGCAGAAUAUAACAACAGCAAAACCAAGACAAAAAGGUCUCCCCAAGAACAUUCCAAGGAAAAAGGAGAUCUUAGCUAAAGACAAAGCUGACGAAAGUCUGGAAGACAUAUCCCUGCAAGGUCCAGAAGACACAAAGCCAGUGCAGGUGGUUCCUAAAGAAGAAGGCGAGUCUAAGCUUGAAUUACAAGGUGAUGAAGCUAGUCCCCCAACCCCAGAAGUGGCUCCAGAGGACGUGCCAGAUGGAGGGAAGAUAAGCAAAGCCUUUGGGAAACUCUUCAAGAAGGUCAAGGAUAAAGUGAAAAGCCCCAAAGAACCCGAGCCCCCAGCUGACCUUUUCACCAAAGGGCGGUACGUGCUGGUCUCCGGGGAUGCCAGUUAUGUGGACCCUGGGUUCUAUUCAUCCUCCAUCCCAGCCAAAGGUGGAGUGGUUAUUUCCAUUGAGGAUGACUCUCUGCAUCGUGACAGCCCUGCGGAGCCCUCUCCUGAGCAGCCCGGGCCCCCGCUGGAGAACGGACAGGGCGAUCUUCAGGGUAAAGAAGGUGAACACCCACCCGACCAGCAUGCUGCUGACAAGGAGAACGAGAUUAGUGCCAAAGGAUUGAAAGGGCCUGGGGAGAAACAGGAGGACCAGAAGGAGGAUGAGGCGUCCAGGAAGCCCUGUCCCGUGGUCCCACCUGGUCCGGAGAGACCACCAUCUCCACCCCAGUCUCAAAGGGCUGGAGUCGGUCCGGGUGGAUUGGAGAGGCAUGGGGCAAGGAGUAGCAGCUCGCAGGAGAGAAGCCCCCCCAGGACUUUGGCAUAUGAGAAGGUGGAAGUGAUGGAGUCCAUUGAGAAGAUAACAACUGAGAGCAUUCAGACAUAUGAGGAAACAGCUGUCCUUGUGGAGACCGUGAUUGGGAAGACGAAGGCAAACAAGAAGAAAUUGGGAGAGAAGAGCUCUUAACACUCCUGGGCUUAAUGGGAGACAAUGUCUUUGGGGCCACUGUAGGGGAAGUGCUUUGAUAUUUUAGAACACAGGAUAAAAGAGUGAGGGUUCCUUGUUUGGAUUAGACCCUUCUGACAUUGCCAAUGAAGCCUUAAUUAAAAAGUUUUCUUUGCUCGCA